GAGAAAUAAUAAUUUUCACCGCCAGCCUGUGUGGUAACUCUCUGAAAGAAGUUCCAUUGCAGUAAAACAAGACGGAAAAGUUUUGAAUUCAUGGUACAAUGGCGGGAUAUAUGACUGCGUGUGUUCUGGCGUUAGGUGUGCUAACCUACGGCACCAUGGUUCUUACAAAUGCUGAAAAGCCUACAGGAGAAGCAGGUUCCGUUCGUACAGUUGCUUUCAAUGCAGAAGAGAGGAUUGAUGUUCGUCAGCAGGACUCCUUAGCUGAACGUACUUUCGGUAGGAUCGAAGGCCGUCAACUAGACUCGCUAGCUGGAGCCACCUUCAGCAGGACAGAAGCCCGACAACUAGACUCGCUAGCAGGAGCCACCUUCGGUAGGAGUGCGGGUCGCCAACUAGACUCGUUGGCUGGAGCGACUUUCGGUAGGAGCAAUGACCGUCAGCUCGACUCAUUAGCAGGAGCCACCUUCGGUAGGGGCGAUGCCCGUCAACUAGACUCGUUAGCAGGAGCGACCUUCGGUAGGAGCGAUGACCGUCAACUAGACUCGUUAGCAGGGGCCACCUUUGGAAGAAGUGAUGAACGUCAGCUCGACUCGUUAGCGGGGGCCACAUUCGGUAGGAGUGAUGAGUGGCAGCUCGACUCGUUAGCAGGAGCUACCUUUGGUAGGAGCGAUGACCGUCAACUAGACUCGUUAGCAGGUGCCACCUUUGGUAGAAACGAUGACCGUCAGCUCGACUCGUUAGCAGGAGCCACCUUUGGUAGGAGCGAUGACCGUCAACUAGACUCGUUAGCAGGUGCCACUUUCGGCAGAGGCAAUGAGCGUCAGCUCGAUUCGUUAGCUGGGGCUACGUUUGGCUGAAUGCCAAGUGACUGGCGGUGUCAUAAAACAAAUAAGAGGGUACCUUGAUUUCGCUUUCUACACAGCGGUUUCUCAGUUGGUGAAAUUGUGACAUGUGAGGUCUUGAAUAAAGCAGCGUAUUGAACGCUA